ACUCUUCGCUGUUUUUAGCCCGAAUGCAAGCGCUUUCUCCUCUGACAAGAUGAGAGGGGUUUAUGCGGGAGGUUUGCUUCUGGUUUGUGUUUUGUCUGCUGCUGGGUUGAAGGCUCUAGCGAGGGUGUUUCUUUGUAACGUGUUAGCCUGCUUUGCUAAGGUUCCUUGUGGGAACUCGUUAUGAGAAGAGCUCCUGCUUUGCUAGCAGAGAUAAGCUAUACGGAAAUAAGGAACGCUGCGGAGCUAAAACGACUUGUAAAAGUGUUUCUAUUAUUGAACAUGUUUUGUAGUUUUAACUUUCCACGCUGUGGUAGCAGAGCUGCCGGCUAGUCAGCGUUGCUAACUGGUCAGCUGGAGCAGGUGUCUGUUGUUGCUAACGCCAGCGAUGCCUCCUGACAAUGCCUGUUGGUAUCCUGUUUUUUGGGAGGCAACGUCAACGCUGAUGUUGCAAGUUUGUGUUUCGAUGUGUAGGAAAUCUGGUCGGUUACAGAAAAUCUGUACGGCUGUUGGCAAAUGGAAAGUGUCGUAAGCUAGCCCUGCACUCACUCACUGGUUGACAAUAGCUAAGCCAUUACUUUCCCUUUUGUCUUUUGCUACAAGAUAGCUUCGCUAGCUCUCCAUCUGCCCUCUUUGUGGCAUCAGAUGGCUGUGAUAAGCUUUCAGAUAACACCACACUAAGUUCUGCAGCUCGGAGAAAAUAGUUCUGAGUGAGCUAACAUUUUCAAUUUGGAUAAAGGUUGUGUUUAGUGGAAUCAUUUAGGGUUCUGAGUGGCACAUCCUGGAAAUGGGCUGGUAAACGUCAUUGCACCCCGUCGAGUUAUUUACUUUUUAAGAUUUGUUAAAUUGACAUUUUUUCUAAAACCAUUAAAACAAGUUCAGACCUAAUGAGAGAAUUAGUUUAAAUGGUUGCCUAUUCAUUUUACAUAUGUAUAAGGAGAAAGGAUUUCUUAACAGGUGGAUUUUUAAUUUUUUAUGGAAUUUUAAACAUAAUUUCUGUCAGGCAGAUUUGUUGUAUACCUAUUCUUCCCAACAGUAUAACAGCCCGGCAUUUAGGGGUGCUUUAAUUCUGUUGGUGCUCCAUUUAAAAUUGGUUUCUCUGUGUUGCAUCACAUUUUAUUCUUAGGUCCACUGGGUCUCAUGUUCACCUGCAACCUCUGAAUCCCAUUUGGGAAGAAAGCAGGCGCCAUGCAGACCCCUGAAGCAGGCGCUGACUCCACCUCCACUGUCCCCCUUCAGACCACCGUGCCUGUCCAGCCUACCGGCUCCACCCAGCAGGUGCCUGUCCAGCAGCAGGCCCAGACUGUUCAACAGGUUCAGCAUGUUUACCCAGCACAGGUGCAGUAUGUCGAGGAAAACAGUGGCGUCUACACCAACGGCAACAUAAGGACCUACUCAUACUCCGAGCCACAGCUGUACAGCCAGAACAGCGGGGGGAGCUACUUUGACACACAGGGCAGCGCGUCUCAAGUGUCCACUGUGGUGACGUCUCACGGCAUGACCAACAAUGGAGGAGGGAGCGCUGGAGGGAUGAGCAUGGGUCUGGCGGGGGGUCAGGUAAUCAGCAGCAGCUCCGGGGCUUACUUGAUGGACAAUGCCGGACCCCACCCCGCCACCCAGACUGCACGGGCCUCCCCAGCCACUAUUGAAAUGGCGAUUGAGACACUCCAAAAAUCUGAGGGUUUAUCCAGUCAGAGAAGCUCGCUACUCAACAGCCAUCUUCAGUGGCUGCUGGACAAUUACGAGACAGCAGAGGGAGUAAGUCUACCACGGUCCACCCUCUACAAUCACUACCUGCGCCACUGCCAGGAGCAGAAAUUAGACCCGGUCAACGCAGCCUCAUUUGGUAAACUCAUUCGCUCUAUCUUCAUGGGACUCCGUACAAGGCGUCUUGGGACAAGAGGGAACUCCAAAUAUCAUUACUACGGUAUACGAGUGAAACCAGAUUCCCCGCUCAAUAGACUCCAAGAAGACAUGCAGUACAUGGCCCUGAGACAGCAGCCUGUUCAGCAGAAGCAGAGGUUCAAGUCAGUGCAGAAGUUUGACAGCGGCUCCGGAGACAAUUACACAAGUGGAGGCCAGCACCAUCCAGGUGCUGCAGAACAGACGGUUAUUGCACAGAGCCAGCACCACCAGCAGUUCCUUGAUGCAUCACGGGCACUCCCUGAUUUUGUAGAGCUGGACCUGGGUCAGAGCAAUACGGAGAACGUCAGCCCAGAGGAUGUAAAGGCUCUUCAGUCCCUUUACAGAGAGCACUGUGAGGCUAUCUUGGACGUUGUGGUCAACCUCCAGUUCAGUCUAAUCGAGAAGCUGUGGCAGACAUUCUGGCGUUAUUCUCCCCCUGACACUGUAGAGGGUGCCACUGUAACAGAGAAUCGCAGUGUAAGUGAGAUUGAAGCGCGGCUCCCUGAAGCACAGUUAUUGUUGCUGUGCAGAAACGAGGCGGUUCUUAAGUGGAUGAGCACCUGUGACCAUUUAAUGUACCAGGUCCUCGUGGAGAUUCUUAUUCCUGAUGUCCUGAGACCCAUUCCCAGUGCCUUGACUCAAGCCAUUCGCAACUUUGCCAAAAGCCUGGAAGGGUGGCUUAGUAAUGCCAUGAAUGCCAUUCCACAGAGAAUGAUCCAGACCAAGAUUGCCGCUGUUAGUGCCUUUGCGCAAACGCUGCGCAGAUAUACAUCUCUGAACCACCUGGCUCAGGCGGCACGCGCUGUGUUGCAAAACACAUCACAGAUCAACCAGAUGCUGAGCGAUCUCAAUCGUGUUGACUUUGCAAACGUGCAGGAGCAGGCAUCGUGGGUGUGCCAGUGUGAGGAGGGCGUGGUUCAGCACUUGGAGCAGGACUUUAAGGCCACGCUGCAGCAGCAGAGCUCUCUGGAGCAGUGGGCAGCCUGGCUGGAGAACGUGGUCACUCAGGUGCUCAAGCCUUACGAGCACAGGCCCAGCUUCCCCAGGGCAGCUCGACAGUUCCUGCUGAAGUGGUCCUUCUACAGUUCUAUGGUGAUCAGAGACCUGACCCUGCGCAGUGCUGCCAGCUUCGGCUCCUUCCACCUGAUCCGCCUGCUUUAUGAUGAGUACAUGUUUUAUCUAGUGGAGCAUCGUGUGGCUCAAGCUACAGGAGAGACGCCCAUUGGUGUCAUGGGCGAGUUUGACAACCUCAACAACUUAUCCCUUACUAGCAUCGAUAAAGAUGAGACGAGCGGGAUGGACAGUGACUUGGAAGAGGAUGUGGAGGAGUCUGGGGAACCGCUCCCCAAACGGGAGAAGUCGGAGCAUGAGGUAAUCCAGGUGAUCCAGGUCGGGGCGCUAGAAGACGGGAUCCACCCCGUGGUGGGAGUUGUUCAGCAGAGUGUGCUCCACUCACUGCCACAGCCCCCCCAGGACCACACCGACCACAUCCUAACCUCGUCUGUGGGGACUCCCACCAUCCGCCACUGCAGCACCACCGGCAACACGUACGCCUCUGUUUGAAGGUCCAAGGCUCACCUUGUCUGCCUAGUCUAGCUGUCUCACUCUCCACACACACACACACACACACACACACACACACAGCUCUUUUUCUCUCUCUCUCACUCCUCCAAGUCUAGAUGUCUGCAUUGUUUCCAUGUGUUGUCUCUGCACUUGUGUGGACUUGUUCUCCUGCCCAGCCUGGUCAGUGGAGGAGUGACACUCCAGCCAAGAUGUGCCCUGUCCUUGUCUGACUGUUUGGAUUCUGGAUGUGUUAGUCAUCCUGUCCGUCUGUGCUCUAGACACGGUGCGGCAGCCGGUGGAAGGGACCGGGAGGAAAAAGGACUAAUUCGACCUGUUAAAACGUUUCCUCUUCAGACAUGACUUACUGCUUCUGUCUGUGCACACAGAUGGGCUUGAUUCUGCCAAACUACUGAUGCCUCAGAGCUCAAAUCCAUGUCACCAGUCCCAGGAGAGCAAUCUCACCCGCCCACUGUUUUAUAUUUCAGUUGGUAUUAGUCAGAUUUCAUGGUGCUAUGACUGUUUUUGUUUUCUCAUUUAUUUCAGCUGCCCCUCCUGAUUUGAGUAUAUUUUGUGCACCCUGAUGGUUGAUGCUCUUCUGAUGUGAGACUAGCUAGCAAACAGACUUUUAGUUUACAUUUAAUACCGGAUCACAGGACGGUUCGGUUUGGUAGUCAUGUUUGCUACAUGCACAUAAACAUUUGCAACUCUAAACCACAAAAAUGACACAAAAAAAUCAAUACUGCUGCUGUUGCAUUUAGCAUUGAGAUGUCAAAAAACAAACAGUGCUAGCUCUUCUAUGCACCCUGUGCAUAAUGCUUGCCUUUUUUUUUUUUUGUAGACGCUUUUUAGUGUGGUUUAUGGACACGUUCCCCUGGUUUAGCGCUUUCUGUCUUAAUGACAUUUCUUACGUUUGCAGUGGACCAAAAAUAACAAACCAACAAGCGGAAGCUAAGAGUGAGCCGUCUGAGCCACCCAAAAGAUAUAUUUUAUUUUUAAAUGCCGUUUCCUGUCCCGCAGUGCCAUGUUGCAAAGCAGAGAGAAUGUCAGGGAUUCAAUGUACCUCGGCUUUAUUCUAGUGCCUUAUCCUUGAACGCAGCUGUCCGUGUAGUCCUGACCCGUGUGCUGUUAGAGCGCCCGCAGCUCCUCCGCAUCGUCCCAGCCGCAGAUUUGGUUUUUUUCUGGUGACUUGUGGCUGGAUUUGGGCUGGCUCAUCAGUGUUGGGGUCUGUGGGAUGCAGGCGCAGACACACGUUUUUUUUUUUUUUUAUGUUAUCUGGAUCAGCUUUUCUAAACUCCUAGUCUUUAGCCUUGCUCCGACCCUCACUCUGCCUUCUCGAGAACUAUUCUUGCAUUAGCCUUUGUCAUUAGAUGAAGUGUGCAUGUGUCCGUGUAUGUAUGUAUGUAUGUAUGUGUGUGUGUGUGUUUGCGCGCGUGUAUGUGUGUUUGUUUGGACACAUCCAUCAGUCACCCUACCUCAAACCAGUGGUGCCAGCCCUUUGAUGCGUGCAGCACAGUCACCAAACCUAUUGCACACACACACACACACUCUCUCACACACACACACACACACACACACACACACACACCACUGUACUGCACAAAUCUCAACGUGAUGGAGAAAAAUCUGCAUUACUUUUCUCUCACCUCUGAUACAUUUUCAGUUUUAUAACCCGUAAAAAUAAAUUCCUUUGUUCCCUGUUUGAAGUUCAUCUUUGUACAGUGGACCAAAAGUAGAUAUUUUCUAAUAUUCAAAGAGAUAUAGAGAUAUAUAUGUAUAGUAUAUAAAAUGCUGACACACUACAUAUAUUUGUUGCUUUUUAUGUGUUUUUGAUCUGAUAAGACGUGAAUGUUUCUCUGCGGUAGCUCAUCUGUAAUUAGCUUAUAGACUGUGAAGUGUGAAAGGUGUCGGUCGGGACUCACUUCUGAUUUUGUAGAACUAUACUUGAACUGUUCUAGCCUUCUAUGUCGUGGCGAAUGUUGAGAUUAAUCCUCUAAAAAUAGGAAACUUGUUGCUCCAUUUAUAAUGCUCGUUUAAAUGAUCUGUAUCAUUUUCCUUAAAAAGUUAAUUUAUUAAUAUUUAUUGGGUUUUUUUUUUUGUUGUUUUUUUUUUCUUUUGGGUCUUAUGUUAUAAUGGUCUCUGAGGAAGAAUCGUAAAUUACUCAAAUGACAGAUCCUACUGUACAGAAAGUUUUUGUUCCAUCUUUGUGGAUUUAAAAAGGGGCACUGCGUUUGCUGUAAUCACUACGUCUUUGAGAUAUUAACAGUGCACUGGAUUUUUCCCCUUUUUGUGGGGUUUACGUUGUGUAGGUGGGAAAGUGCAAAUACAUCGUCUUAAUUAGGCUACUGGGUCAGCAGGUGUUUUGGUUGAACUCGGGCAACCUAAGCCCAGUUUCCUCCUAGUUUAUACUUUACUUCUAUCAUGUUGGCUUGAAAUGUUCAACCCGAUCUAGGAACUUUUGUUUCCAGUUAAAUUUUUUUCUUAUAUAAAAGGCGAUUUAACUGCACAUAAGUUGCUGUAAGCUGCAGACUUUUAUUUUCUAUUUUGCAUCUCCGUUAUGAACUUAAGACAGGACACAUCUUAGUGUGAACCUAAAUUCACAUUCAGGUUCUCAAGUGCUCACAAUAGCUAAUAAGUAGGGAUGUUCGAUAUUGGCUUUGUUACCGAUAUCCCAAUAUAGUCUAACUCUUGAUUUCCGGGACUAAUAUAAAACAAUACCAAUGUAUGCGGGGUCCUCCCUCAUAAAGAAAACUAAAUUGUUUUAGGCAACUAACAUCACAGAUAAUUCCAUCCUGCAUAAUUAAACUUUAGGCAUUAAACCUAGUUUAUACUUCUGUGCGCAGAGGCGCAGUGACACACGGUCGCCACAAGGGCUCUCUGUUAGGCAUGCAAGGACGUAGGAGUAGUUGAAUUUUAUAAUCUAUCCAUCAGACUCAACAGAGAGUGCAUGUCUGUGAUUGGUCAGCCCCCAGCUCGAUUCCACUUCCUUUAAAUUCGUCAACAGCGCCAGCUUGUUCGCUCCCGUUGAAUUAUUUGUGAGAAAAGCUUUUGUCCCUCGAGAUCAAGCAGUUCCAGCUCAAUGAAAACUUGCUCUGUGUGUGUGUGUGUGUGUGUGUGUGUGUGUGUGUGUGUGUGUGUGUGUGUGUGUGUGUGUGUGUGUGUGUGUGUGUAUAAAAACUUGCUGAUGAAGUAUAAACUGGGCUUCGCUCUGUGCUAAAUAUCACGGCUACCUCAGUUUAAGUUAGGUCAGUGGUGUGUAUAAAAUGUGCAUGGCGUGUACAACUUGUCCUUGAAAGGUUGAAAACCCAAUUUUACAUGUUAAUGCCACUAUUGGCCGAUAAUAUCGGACAUCCCUACUUAUGUUUUACACUACGUUCUAUAUGUAACCUGAUCAUCAUGUUGCACUCAGUAUUCAAAUUAUUUAAAAAAUUAUGAAAAAUGGCCCAAAUUUUGUACAAAAUCACGAGUUCUUGGAUUUGAAGUUAUUUAUUUUCCCCUGUGGUAUGUUUAUCAUUAUGCUUGAUCGUUAUAACUAAUGUUCUUUUAUUUAAUUUAAUCUCAACCUUCUUAAACAGAUGGUGACGUGUAUUGUUUUGGGCCUAAGUGGCUCUAAGGGUGUUUGUUUAAAUCACAUUUGUGUGUUGAUUUUUUUUAUUAUUGUUUUGGGAUCGUAAGUGCUUUCGGCUCCUGCACAGAUGCCAUUGUGCUGCAACAAUCUACGCUCCCACCAGAAAGUGGUGUAAGCUGCCUGGGUAACACUGGACUGAUGGUGAUGCUGCCAACGCUGCUUGUUUUGUUUGUGACAGAUGUUUUAGCGAGAGAAUGCCACCUCCAGCUGUUAAUGAUAUAAGCUAGAAUCGCCUCUUCAUGUGGGAAAUGCGGCAGCUUCUCUGAACCAUAGCAAACUCCGGUGCCUUGGAUUUCACCCGGACCGCAGCAGAAAGCCCUGGGGGGGGGGGGACUACUGGGUCUCUGGUGGGACACCACAGAGACCUAUCCCUGACUACUGAUUACACACACUUAACUAUUUACACCUGCAAACUACUUUUAAAUGUAUAAAACUAGUAAAUGCACCAGGAGAGUUCCCGUCGGUGAAAAAAAGGCUCUCCGAGAUGGUUUCUCACGAUCGUGAUUUCUUUUGUCGGAUAUUUUCUAAACGCUGUGACCUGUUUGAGAUUUGUAAGUGCCAUUUGACAGUUUAGUGAGUCGUGGCCAUCUGUAGCACGCCGCUUGAUGCUAGCACAAGCAUUUUAGGUGGUGGCAUUUGGAGAAGGCUUUUUGUUUUUAUUCUUCUGACAAAAAAAUGUGUAUAUCAAAAACUGAAAAGGUAUAUUUAUUUGUGUACUAAUUUGUUCUUUUAGUGAACCUUUUAUGAUAUGUUGACUUAAGUGCUUUUGUGAUUUCCUUUUUGGUUCCUCUAUUUUGGAUAAUGUAUAGUAUCUGAUAUAAUAUAUACACACAGGAUUCAUGUGACUUUUUUUGUGUGCCGUUAAGUUUGCUUCAUACAAUGUAUAUUCUCAAAUUGGCAAGCGAAACGAUGUGUGUAGGGUGGUUUGUAUUGUGUAUUUUACAUGAAAACGACGACUAAUGGGGGACUUUUAUAUUUACAGAGACAUCAUCAUUUAGUGUGUCGUAUUGAUUAUAGAAACUAUUAAAGACACAUGUAGUUUUGUUUUCUGAAUAUUUCAGAUCUCAGCUCAGGCUAGCUUCUUUGUGUUGUUUUCUUACGAUUUGUGACUCGUCUUUGCAGUAAUAAACGUUUUCUUGUUCAGA